AAUUUGGCAUGAGAUGCCGAGCUGAAACCCUCACAAUGAAUUGGCAUCGCUUCACCACAGAACAGCCAGCGGCCCGCACUGACAAGGUUCGCCGCCCGCGGUCAACUACGGGCGACGCUGACUAGGUCCCGCUCCCUCUCUGCUUCCUCCAUGAUGUUCCUUGUUCUGGCUCCAUUUCUGUUUCUCCUACGCUUUGCCAUCUUGCAAGUGCACGGCGCGCAAACAUUCUGGCCAUUAGCGAUACCAUUCGCUGCUCGCACGCCUUACUUGAACUCAUGGAUGUGGACAUCGAAGGGGUCGGAGAGUACCAACGACUGGCCGUCUUUCUGGAGUGGAGGGAUUCUUGGGUGGAUAUGCUACAUCCGAGUGGACGGAAAGACGUACAUUUUGUAUGGCAACGGCAAUCUCGCGGGCAACUACUCCGUGACACCUGGCAACUUUCCACAAACGGAACUGACCCCCACUCGUACCAUACAAGUCAUCGAAGCUGGCCCUAUGAACGUUACGCUGACAUUUCUGAGUCCCAUAGAUCCGUCUGAUCUCCUACGCCAAUCUCUUCCGUUCGCUUAUGCGGCCCUGGACUUCACAUCCACCGAUAAUCAACCACAUGACAUACAGCUGUACUCCGACAUUACUGGAGAAUGGCUGGCUAACAACAAGGGGCUGCAGAUGUCGUGGAGUCCGCCGUCGCAAACCAGUAGCAUGAUCUAUCACGAACUGCACCUCACGAAUCCGACACCUUUUCAGGAGCAAGGAGGACAAGCCUUAGACGGUGCAGCGUACUUCGCGAUGGAGCUGGGACCACAAGGACGCGACGUCACUUGGCAGACCUGCUCAGACGUCGUCUGUCGCGAAGAGUUCCAAGAUUAUGGUCGCGUAAACGCGAGUGACAACAAUAGUACCUCUCGGGAUAUAAAUAACGCUUGGCCCGUCUUCCCGAUCUCGGUCGACUUGGGAAGUGUUGCUUCUCUGGACUCGCCCGUUGUCUGGGCCAUUGGCUAUGUACGCGAUCCCAGCAUCAGUUACGCAUUGUCAGGAAACACGGAAUCCCUCCGCCCGUACUACACAACACAGUAUCCUACCACCGAAGAUGCCUUGGAGUUCUUUGUCUCCGAUUUCAACAACUCGCUGACUCAGGCGAACUUGCUCGAUACGCAAGUCCGUGAAGCGGCUUCAAGCAUUUCGGCGGACGGCAAACUGUACGACAUGCUUUCGCUCGCCACUCGCCAGGUGUUCAGCUCUCUCGAGAUCACGGCUCCCUAUCAGUCGGACGGCACCACUAGGAUCUUCAUGAAAGACAUGGGCACCAGCCAACGCGUCACUCCCGUGGAGAAAUUGUACGCCGCUCUGCCCUUGUUCUUGUACUACAAUGCAUCGCUAGUCAAGCCAAUCCUGGUGCCGCUCCUUGAACAACAGAAUACGUCGUUGGGCGAAUAUCCGUACGCAUCGAAAGACCUUGGCUCCUUGUUCCCGGCUGUAUCUGGUCCGAACCUGACAUCUACAGAGGCAAUCGAACAGUCCGGGAACAUGCUCAUCAUUGCACUCGCUCACGCCAGAUACUCGAACGAUACAUCGCUGCUCCAUGGCUAUUAUCCCUUGCUUAAGAAUUGGGCAGAGUAUUUGACGGGACAUGGGCCAUUUCCUCCUCAGGGCCAAUUAUCUGUCGAUGACGGAAGUGACGCCACAAACUCGACCAACCUGGCGGUGAAGGGUAUCUUCGCCAUCCAGGCCAUGGCGGAAAUCAGUCAAUUAGUCGGGCAGAGUAAUGAUUCUCAGCACUUCAGCAGCACAGCGACCAACUUUAUGAACACAUGGCAACCGCUUGCCAUAUCGUCAGGAGGCGCCUCUGCGUCCGUGAAUCCGACGUUGAACUCGGCAGUUACAGGUGUCUGGUCUUUACCGUAUAAUCUCUACCCGCAGACUCUGUUCGGAUUUAAUCUCUUGAAUCAGACAGUACGUCAUUGCGAUAUUUACGGGAAUGAACUGUGCUGA